GYGCGAAGCCGCAGGAUUCACAGAUAGAUUUAAUAGUUGCAAAAACCUUGUUGUAGUUAGCUGGAGUACCUUCUAAACUGAGCUCUUCAUUUCAGAUUCAAUAUAUCGAAGAGGCAGUUUUGAAAAACAAAAACAAUGUCCUCCAUCUGAGUUCAAACGUUUCAGCGUUUAAAACUUGAACAAAAAUACUCCAGAAAACUUGUCAAUAUGAUUAAAAUACAAGUCUUCGCGAUUGUCUUCUACCUCGGUGUUUUAGUCUUGAAAUCUGGGGCUUCAGAAGCUGUCCCAGACCCGCCAGUAGUAACCAAGAUCAUUCCUAACGAGGGAAGUUUAGCUGGAAAUACAAUGGUCUAUAUCAUUGGGAAAAAUUUUGCCAAAGAUCAGUUAAAAAGUAUUGGCAGUAACGAAGUAAGAAACGAAGUAUAUUUCAAGACAAGCCUUCAGUCGGUUCCGUGUGAUGUGAUACCAACCGACGUAUCCACUACUAGACUCGCCUGUGAAACACGAGCUACACCGACUUCUGCAUCGGAAGACUGGUAUGAUCUUUUUGUGAUUGUUGACGGAAAACCAGUCAGUAAAUACUGUUAUGGCAGGUGUACCUUUAGGUUCACCAGUGGAAAAACACCAACCAUCACGUUUGUUGAGCCACGAGCAUCAGUUAUAGGAGGGACAAUCACCAUAUCUGGGAAAACRUUCACCAAGCAAUUCAGCCGAUUAUCACCAGAYUUCGAUCCCACUAAAAAUGAACUUACAAGGGCUUACGUCGGAUGUGAUUUUGGUGAUCCUUUUGACCGCACAACUAACGAACUCUACGGUGCGUGGGUCAAUGAUAAGAAUAGUAAUGGUUGGUUCAAAGUCAAACCAAUGUGUAAAAAAGUGGCAUCCAAUGACAUAUACUACGUUGUGAGAGAAAAAGGAAGCUCCAUAGCAAGUAAAGACAUCUAUCAAAUUAACAGUCGAAAAGAACUCUAUAUUUACCAAAGCCAUGCAGACGUAAAAACCGUCAGCCCAGUCUCUGGGAGUACAGCUGGUGACACCACGGUCACUAUUGCAGGCGUGGGAUUUGGUACCAAAAAAGACAAUGUUAAAGUAAAAAUAGGAGGUGUUCCAUGCGCAAUCGAAACUCUCUCCGAUGAACAGAUCACGUGCAAGACAGGUGCACAAGGUGAACCUAAGACUCUUUACAGCGGUAAYCGUGGUGUGUUGCGUGAAGUAUGGAAUGGAACUGUCAAGAGUACGCUGACAGACAUCGACGCCUUGUCGACCUCGGAUGCGAACUACAUCAAAGAGAUCUUACCCAAUGCUUCUAACCCGGAAGUGUCGUCGUUUUACAAGCCAGAUGGUGCAGGCUACAGUUCUAGAGUGACUGGCUUCUUCGUUGCUCCAUUUGACUGCCUGUUCGCUUUCCUAAUCAUGUCUGAUGACGCCAGUGUGUUGUAUAUGAGCCUUAAUGGAACAACCACCGACAAAGUCAAGAUAGCCGAAUGCAAGGGKGCAACACACCGAUGGGACAGRUUUCCCGAACAGAAAUCAAAAAAGUUCAAUCUAAAAAAAGGACAAGUMGUGUACCUUCACGCUCUGCAUGUGGACCACACCCGAGGUCAUAGRCUAAAGAUUGGCGUUAGCACGGACUGCGUCCCUCAUCCUAGUUCAAAGAUAGGUGGAGCUGUAGACGAAAAACAAACCAUUACAACCACUUCAGAGGCUCGCUGCGAAAAACAGAUCCUUGACAUGACAAAUUGGAAUCAAGCCGAAGUUACUCAAGAGGUCCAGCAGGUCMAGCUACCUUYGUGCGGCCAAAUCARCCAACCUCCCUGCAAUCAAACAUUUCAACUUACUUACAAUACAAUCUCCACCAGUCCCCUACGUCUAGACGUUAACGCGAAUAGCCUGAAACAAGCYCUGAAUGGACUAUCAACCAUUUCAUCACGUGGCACCGUGAACGUUGCCUUAGWAACCGCGGCAACGUUUACAAUCGAGUAUUCCUUWACAAACCCCAACGAUGUAGARUUAUUARCAAGUGCAUCAGUCACGGGACUAGAGAUCAAUAUAACGCGAAUACGCCGUGGAAUGUCCACAAAAGAGGGUUUUAAAUUAAGCUUUGGAAAUGCGAUCAGUGACUACAUCGUACCGAAUACAACUACGAUAGACACUUUGAAGGAUACAAUCCAAAGUUUCUUUUCUGUCAAGUGCAAUACACCAUCGCAAUCAACACACUACAAAUUGAACUUUGAGGACCCUGCCGUAGGACCAAUAUACUGUACAGCCGUGACGUCAGAGCUUCCCUUUUGUGGUCGAACUUCAUGUAAAAACCCUGGGUAUAUGUAUCGUACAGGUUUUACAGAGAUCAAAAGCGGCGUUAAAGCUAAGGAGUAUGUCCUUAACACAUACAAAUACGUUUGUUUCGCCUAUAAAGGGCCAAUACACGAGUACGUCAACGUUCGUUUCUCUUAUACCAACAAAAAUGGGGUACUAUCGUAUAUCUGGCGUUAUCAGAAGUUUGGAAGAGAAUCUAUUUCUCACACCAAAUGGAGAUUUGUUUGUUUCGAUAUGUUUGAAACGUUUACGAAAGACCAUUGGAUAGUCAAAAACAGACAAGAAAACACACAAGUCAAGGUCAUCCAUAUCCACUUCAUGAGAUCCCCUAAAACCUCCGAUGCAUAUUAUAUUGACGACUUUCGGAUAGGACGAACAAAGGUUACUGUCCAACCAUUAWCAAUACCAGCAAUGCCCAAAGGGUAUCUCAUAAAAUCAUUUUCGGUGACCAAGGAAUCCGCUGGACGGUACAGUAUCUGCAUGACCCCGGUGAAGUGUGGCACAGGAAUCCCAUUAAUAUCAAUUGAUGGCACGACCACUAGAGUUAAUUCUAGUGCUGAUAAUGCUACAUAUGAGUUUGAUGGCUUGAACUCGAGAGUGACUAUAGUCCGUACACAAGAUUCUACUCCACCCAUCACGGGGACUUUCAAUGUCACGUAUGGCGGCAUAACUGUGAAAGAUAUCCCAGCCAAUGUGACAGCAGACAAACUAAAGAGACUACUCGAGGAUCGAUUAGACGUAGGUGAUCUUCACAUCGUCCGGUCYGGCACAUGCGCAUCKUACACCUGGACGAUCACUUGGACUAGCAAGGGAGGAAACCAUCAACAGUUUAACAUCACGAGCGCUCUCAGUGGUUACAAUGCCGCUAUACAGAUACGGACAGAUGUCAAUGGAGAGUUUUUCAUGAAGCCAAUUCCUGGUGAAUUCUUGMGAACGCCCCAUAAUGACUCUCAGGUCGAAGUGACUGUUAAUAAUAUUCCAAGUUCGUGUACGAAUCAGAAGUGCUCCUUUACCUAUUCCCAAGACCUGACUCCAACAUUAACGUCUCUGUCGCCCACGAACGUGAGUGUUGGUUCAUCCUUAACACUCACGGGGACAGGUUUUUCCACAACCARGUCGCUAGUUAGCGUCACUAUAGGUGGUGUGGCGUGCAAUGUGACAGCGAGUAGUGAAACAAGUAUAACUUGUACMGUAGGGAAUUCACCAGGAGGGACGCCAGCCGUUGUGUUGCACAUCAAAGGAAAAGGAAAAAAUAUUUACUCACCGAGCAGGAAACGACGGUCUGCUGAGGUAACUGCAACGCCCGCUGUCGUCAACUUUGAGAUCACAAUCAACGAUAUCAACCCAGACAAAGGAAGUACGGCAGGAGGAACURMACUGACCAUUCAAGGYUCUGGGUUUAGUAAUGAGCAAUCAGACCUGAGGGUGACCAUUGACGGAAACACUUGUGACAUCAUCAGAGCUACAGUGUCUGAAAUCAAGUGCACCACGCCUGCGCACGGCGCUGGCGAUACCAACGUGGUGGUUUCUAAGGGUGCACUGAGUAGCGAUCCUAAAGUGUUCAAAUAUGACGGUAAUCUAACACCAUCGGUGACAUCAGUGAGUCAACAGAAUGGKAAGGUCGGCGGUAACGAAACCUUAGUYAUCUCUGGGUCYAACUUUGGYACUAGCAYGGAYGUUGUCGUUAAACUCGGCGAUGUUGUGUGCAAGCUUGAAUCCGUUAAAGACRACGAAAUAAAAUGUUUAACACCUGCACGUAGACCAGGAAAUGUCACCAUCACAAUCCAGGUACCKGGAAAAGGUAACGCGGACAUCCCGUCCUCCUACRAGACUUUUGAGUACAUUUUACAAGUGUCGAGUAUCUCACCACUGCUUGGAUCAUUAGCUGGUGGAACAGAGGUGACUAUAACUGGAGCUGGGUUUAGCGAUACACCUGAAGACAAUGUAGUAAAGAUUGGCGAUAGGACAUGUACAGUYAAGUCAAGUAACUCAACAACCUUGAAGUGUAUUACAAGCGAGGGGUUCAAGACGAAGAAAAUCACUAAUAUGGGAACACAUCAAGAAUUCGGUAAAGGAUAUGCAUGGUCACCAAGUCUCGCUGAAAUCAACGUAGGAGACUACGUGCAGUGGGAAUGGUCUGCACCCAGACUAACCGACAUCAAAUUCCAAGUUUUCCAAACCGCCACUGAAGAUUUGAAUGUUUAUGAAARCGGMUUCAAAAGUGCGGCAAGCAGCACGGGAUCAUUCAAGCAUCAGUUUACGUCAAAUGGAGAUUUCUUCUUUUCCAGUGGGGAAAUGGCUGAAGGAAAAGUAGUUAUGAAAGGGAAAGUAGAAGUGAGCUCACUUCAAUCGCAAGAACAAAGCAUCAGUGUUAAAGUAUCAGGAUUUCCCGCUAUUUGUCAAGCUACUGCGCAAUCACCAUCUCAGUCAACAUCGUGCAGCACAGGCAUUACCAGUGAUUUUACAGGGUGCAGCUCGGAAAGUGUACUCGCGGCACAAGCACAACAGGACACUUGCCUGACYUUCACCUACAAAGACUGUCGCACUCCUUUGGUGACGGAAGUGAGCCCGAAUACUGGAGACAGUGAACAAGAAAUAACAAUAACAGGGAAAGGUUUUAGUGCRACAGAAUGCCACAAUGUAGUCACUUUUGGAGGUCACAAUUGCAAAAUCACAUCCCACUCUGAAACGAGUAUUAAAUGCAAAAUUGAUCGGGCCAAUAAACCCAAGCCUGGACAGUCUCUAGAGGUCDAUGUUGUAGUUAAAAACCGAGGUAAGGCGCUUAUUCAACUUGCCGCAGAAGGAAAGUCCAACUUUGUGUUACGUCCACGCGUGACUAGCGUCACGCCAUCAACAGGCUCACAGGGUGGUGGAACAAAUUUGACCAUAAAUGGUGACGGGUUUGAUGAGACGUCAGCAGGCAAUACAGUUAGUAUAGGAACUGCCGUGACUUGCAAAGUGAAAAGUGCGUCAUACAAUACACUUACAUGUGUGACUGAACCAUCGUCGAGCUUGGACGCGCACGAAGUUAUCGUCCAAACAGGUAGUGAAAAGAGUUCUUGUCCAAGCUGUACGUUUACCUUCGAUUCUGCUAAGACACCACAAGUUAAUGAUACGCAGCACACUACCAUAAGUACAUCCAAUCAUGAAUUGGUCAUCCAGGGAAGUCGCUUUGGAACAAUCACAGAUGAAAUUGACGUAAAAGUCGGUAAUGUCACGUGUUCAAUAACUGAUCUCAACGAUGAAAGUAUCAAAUGUACUAUAUCUGAUAUCACCGCUGGGGUAUAUGACAUUAUGGUACUGCACACCACUAAUGGACUUGCUGUAUUUAAAGAGAAUAUAACAACUCAAGCUACUGCGAUACCAAGUAUAUCAAAUCUCAGUCCGUCAACGAGCAGCGAACAAGGAGGUUUAACUGUUGACAUGGACGGCUUUGGGUUCAAUAUCAACGCAGGUCAAACUAUAGUCAAAGUCAACAACAAAGUAGCUGAAGUCAUCAGUGUAGCAACCACGAGAGUAGUUUUUACAACACCACCAAAUAGUGCUGGGACUUUUGACGUUGUGACCAAAUCCGGUGGAGCCACUUUUCCCACCAAAACAAUAACGUAUUCGAGUGAUGCCACGCCGGAAGUGACAUCUAUUUCCCCAGAAUCUGGAGCUGGAGGACAACAGUUAACCUUAAACGGAGACUUUCCAACGGGUUCAACUUCAAAUGUAAAAGUCAUGAUUGGCGACUGGCAAUGCUCAGUGACACAAGCAACCGAAAGUCAAAUUAAAUGCACCGUUCCAAAUAAGCCGGCAGGAAAAUACCCAGUCUCUGUCGUUGUGACUGGUAAAGGAAAAGCAAAAUCGACAUCCGAAUUCUCCAUCGAUUUUUCACUCACUUCCAUUAGCGUUGUUCAAAGUGGACACGGAGGUGGAGUUAUUACGACUGUCGAGGGAAGCGGUUUCAAUGAGUCGACUGUUGUCAAAAUCUGUAACAAUAUCUGUGUCCAUGAUACCAGCACCCCUGUUAAUGACACUCACAUUGCCUGUGAAGUUCCUCAAAGUGACUCAGCAUCACACGGGUCAGACAGCAAGUGCGAUGUAACUGUUUCAUUCGGCACCUUCGAAAAGGAACUCUCUCAGGCAUUUACGUACCUUCAGUCUCUCACGUCACGCGUAGAAUCAGUGAGUCCUUCUCGGGGGGGUACUGGAGGUGGCGUCCCAGUCACCAUUACAGGCAGUGGCUUUAGUAACAACCAGAAUGAUAAUAAAGUUACUAUUGAUGGUGUCCCGUGUGCUGUGACAUUCGCUAAUGAGACUGUAAUACAAUGCAAAACGGGGGCACACAAUAAAACCAUCAAGACUAACGUUCGUGUUGAAGUUGAUGGAAGAGGAAAAGCGGUGGGUGUGAAAGAUGGGUUUUACUAUKUGGAUUUAUGGUCGUCGAAAUUCAGUUGGGGAGGAAACGACCCCCCCGGAAAAGAUGGAUUUGUGGUCAUAAGUGAAGGACAAACCAUGGUAUUGGACAUGGAUACACCAGUCCUCAAGAUGAUUCUCAUCGACGGAGGAAAACUAAAGUUUGACGAUAAGGAUAUUCACCUUCAGGCAAAAUAUAUCUUUAUUGCUAACAAAGGUGUCCUAGAGAUAGGAACGGAAGAUGAACCCUUUCAACAUAAAGCUACAAUUACUAUGCAUGGCCACGUGCGAUCAACGGAAAUUCCCGUUUACGGUGCCAAAAAUAUUGCUCUCCGUGAAGGGACCAUCGACAUGCAUGGUAAACCCGUGAGCGUCACCUGGACGUAUCUCUCCGAAACAGCUGAAAAGGGCGCCACACAAAUAAAGCUUACGCAGGCCGUUCCAUGGGAGAUUGGAAAUGAAAUUGUCAUCGCGGCUACCGGACGAUCAGAAAGAGAGAACGAGCAAGUCAAGAUCACUGGAGUUUCCGCUGACAAAAAGACUUUGACAAUCGACCCUCCUCUGAAAUACCAACAUAUCUCUAAAGUUCAGAAUUACUGUAAUAAGAAUAUAGAGACACGAGCGGAGGUAGGACUGCUGACCAGAAACAUUUGUAUCCAAGGAUCGAAGCACGAUGAAUGGGAAGAACAAAUACAAGCAUGCGCUGAAGGUUUCAAGCCUGGUCAAUUCCAAACUCAAAAUUGCUUUCAAGGUAAAUUUGGUGAUGAAAUCGGUAGCGAUAUGUUUGGUGUUCAGAUCAUGAUCCAUGCCGCAGAAAAAAGCAAAGGAUUAGUAACUGCAAGAUUUGAAUAUGUCGAGAUCCGUCAUGCUGGACAAGCAUUCCGCAUGGGUCGAUAUCCCAUACAUUUCCACACUAGCGGUAGAGUAGAUGGGUCAUAUGUCAAAGGCUGUGCAAUUCAUCAUAGCUUCAACAGAGCAAUAACAAUGCAUGGGAUUCACAACCUGGUUGUAGAGCGCAACGUGGUGUUUGACAUCUUGGGCAACGCCGUUUUCAUGGAGGAUGGUAUCGAAGAGGGGAAUACAGUGGAACGAAAUCUUGGCAUUUUUGUUAAACCAUCUUCUUCUUCCCUCAACGUKGACAUAACACCAGCGACGUUCUGGGUGACCAAUGCAAAUAACACCGUUCGACACAACGCCGCCGCUGGGGGCACCCAUUUUGGAUACUGGUAUCAAAUGUUUGAUCAUCCAGAUGGACCAUCGUUUGACCCAAACAUUUGCCCAAGGAAUAUACCAAUGAAAAUCUUCUACAACAACAGCGCUCAUUCUUUUGGACGCUAUGGAUUAUGGGUAUUCCCAACAUACCAUCCAAUGAAGGGCGGUCGCUGUGGUGACAAAAUAGCCGAACCRGCACAUUUUGAUGGCUUAAUAGGUUGGAACAACAUGAGAGGUGCUGAAGUGGUUGAAGGUGGUGCAGUUAGAAUCAGAGAUGGUUGCUUCCUCGACAACGAUGUGGCGGGUGUUGAAUACGUAACUUCGGAUAUGAAAGACAGCCCAUGGGGCGGCGCAAUGAUCAUGGACACUUGUAUUGUAGCUCGUAGUAAUAUCAACACAGGAGAUAAUCUUAUUUACACUAACGCUGGAAUAAGAACUGCUAAGAGCCACGGUCUUGUGAUUUCCAAUGUUCACUUGGUUAAUUUUAAUCAGGCAAGUUGUAAAUCAGCAGCCAUCCAAUGCUGCUCACAGUGCAAAGAGUUUAGUCUCAAAGGAGGCUUUGAAACGAGAUUUGAGAAGAUGACAUUCACCAACUCUCCUUGCAGAACAAGGUUUCAAUGGGAACAUGAAGCUGUUCAUGUAGAUUUGGAUGGAACCUACACAGGUCAUGUUAAUGGUACAUUAGUACCGUACUCUGGACAGCUUCCACCAGACAAAUGUAAACGUUCUGAAAAGGACAGCCAUGGRGAACACCCAGGAUACAUCUGUGAACCCCCUCUUGUUUUUCGUCGCAUUGGGAUAAACAAAGCUCUUCCGGAGUUCCUCAAUGGGAAACAGCUCAAUUUUACCAACCAGUAUGGUAACGCAGUGUCAAUGUUUACUCAAAAAUCAAUAACACAUAAAGAUGGUUGGAUAGCAACGCUGCUUGUUGGUGUACAAUAUAAUAUGACUUUUGUCGACGCACAACAAUUAACAAACAUAACUUACACUGGUGACGUCUACGAUCUGCACGAAUCUGACAGAAUCAUUAUCAACCAUCCACUCUUUCAAAGCCCAGACCAUUUGGACACGAAUGGGAAAUACCAAAACAUGACUAGUGUUUUACCAGGACCAAAUGACCCCCACGGGAGAUGGGCUUUCAAUAAUGACACAAAGAUACUUACGUACCAAUACAAGAAAUGCAAACAACGUACACCUAAUGGAAAUUACCCAACUUGCCAAAUCAAACUUAAAGUGUAUMGAUGUUAUUACCUUCAAUGCAUAACUCCAACUCCUCCACCACCUCCAAAAGGACGACCUACAGACCACGUAAAAUGGUCUUCAUCAAGCGCUUGGGAUAAAAUUGCGGAAGCGGGAUUUGGUGGCUAUGGUGGCGUUCUACCAAAGGACGGAGAAGAUGUCAAAAUACCGGCAGAAACGUGGAUGGUGUUGGAUGUGCAGCCAAAGAGACUGAAUAAACUUCUCGUCGAAGGAGCUCUGGAAAUAGAAACCGGUGACUUUACACUUAACGCUACCUUUAUAUUUGUAACUGGAAGCAUAAUCGUUGGUUGGCCAGAUAAACCAUAUCCUGGUAACUUCGUCAUUUAUUUAAGUGGCAGUUGGAGUACAGAAGAUAAUCCCCAGAACAAUGGUCCUAACGCUGGUACGAAAGCCUUGACAGUGUUUGGAAAUAUGUACUUUCACGGUAAGCCCAGGAAGCCUUACUGGACGAAAUUAGCCCAAACUGCAGAUAUAGGGAGCGACAACGUAAAGGUAGUGGAGGCAGUUGAAUGGGUUGCUGGAGAUGAAAUUGUUAUCACUUCAACAACAAGAGAACCAAGGCAAUCAGAGGUCUUCAAGAUCGUCUCAGUGACUGGGGACGGGAAGACGAUUAAACUGGACGGCGUUUUAAAAUAUAGGCACAAAGCAGUAAAGCACAGUGCAGGAGGAUAUGACUACACAUUAGCUGGUGAAGUUGGUCUAUUAUCCAAGAAUAUCAAGAUUGUCGGCCUCGAUGAUCCCGCUGGAUCUUUAACUAACAAAGAUUUUGGCGCUCGAGUUCUUGUUGCUGCUGGUGGUAAAAACAGGCAGGCCAAUGCAAGGAUUGAAAAUGUCGAGUUUAAGGAUUGCGGUCAGCUUGGUUGGACAGACUCAUGGGAUCCAAGAUAUUGUCUUGCCAUUCAUGGCCUUGGUGAUGUAAUAGACGGCAACUCAUCAUACAUAMGUGGCAUCUCCAUAAACCGAGGUUAUAACACUGGAAUAGGCAUAUUCGGCACCAACAAACUUAUGGUGGAAGACAAUGUCAUACAUCAUACCAUUGGACCUGGUAUUCGAGAAGAAGGCAACGGAAACACGCACAAACACAACCUUGUUGCCAGAUCAGAAGCUUUUGCUACCUACAAAGGACGGAAAGAGGCCUUGUAUCACUAUCACGGCGCCAUUGAAAUCCACCUGGCGACCAACACUCUCCUCUUCAACAACACUGUAGCGGGAGGUGAGCGCUUCUGUUACAAGGCCGACGGCGAACCAUGUGAUAAGAGCCGUUGGCACGGAAACGAAGGGCGUGGAUGCUGGCACGGCUUCCACAUUGGUUAUCAAGAAGGACUUCAAACUUGCUCCCAAAUAUCGAACUUCCUGUUGUGGGAAAAUGUAGACUAUGGAAUCUUUACGUGGCUUCAAAGCUCACUGGUAGUAUCCAACGUUAAAUUGGUUGAUAAUACAGUAAAUGUGCUCCCAAAUAUAUGGGGACCGAACAUUUUGACGCACGUGACAGUAAACAAGUUUUUCAGGUUUGAGGAUUCCCUCAUAGUUGGCACAAGUACUGGUUAUGACUGCAAUGAUGGUAAAAUCAUUCCCGCCGGACGACAACCCUAUGUAGGAAAGGUUGGAGCCAAAAAAGUACCUGCCGAAGGAGUCGAUAAUCCAGGAGGACGCAUUGGAGUCACCUUAACACAGUUCUCUAGUAGUSCUGGAGGAGCAACCAGCCACCCCUGGGAAGCCGCCAUGUCCUACACCGCGAUGUACGGUCUUUCUACAUAUACAAGGCUAACAUUUGCAAACUUUCUCGUUUCUUGUGGAAAAAGAGACAUUGCGGUCAUAACAAACGAGUGGAUAGGAGACCUYCUCCAACCGACCGACAUAUCAGAGUUCAAAAAGGAAAACGUGGACACCAAGUCAYUGCUUUUCUUCAUCCAACCGGGUUUAARUUGGAUCAACCCAUCUGACUGUGUUGAUAUGCCGUGCGAUGGAAGACGGCAAUUACUAAUCACAGACUUAGACGGAUCGUUUACAGGUUCUAGUGUUAGGACCACCCUGAUCCCUAAAGCAGAAUACCAAUGGGGCAAAGAUCCAAGGUUUGGGCUAGGUGAUUAUCGUAUACCCGUCGCUGCUCUAACUAGAACGGAUGGAUCUAGAAUUCCUAUAAACAACAUAUUUCCCAAGAAAGGAAUAGURAGAGGCACUGAAACAGAGAAUUACUGCACCUGGAAGGACGUCUACAACGGUUAUCAGUGCACAAAGAUUAAGCAUCGCAUGCUGAUUAUUGAGAGCCUUGACAAGGACACAGAGACACGGCGCCUUUCUCCCGUACAUYUGAGUGCUGACGGCUAUGUUAACCUUCUUAAUGGGCCCAUGGAUCAUGGUUGGUGUCUAGGAUACACAUGCCAAGAGAGAGUGUCUACCUUCUUUGGAAUCGUUGGAGCAGAUAGGAACUACAGUCUCUACUUCUCUAGUACUGAGCCUCAAAAAGUACGGUUCCAUUUAAUAAACAGCAAGGAAGACGAGGCCAUCCGAAUCGGRUUGUUUUACAAACAGCCUCAGCGGCAAGAUGUAUACAGAAAAGGAUUAUAUAUGUAUCCUCAAAACGCCGAGUUAAACGGACAAAAGACSACAUUUAAACCAAUCCCAACUGGAAAGCCUGACGAUUACUGGUACCCACAGCUGACAGACAUAAGUGGUUCCAACUACUUUGAUACACCGCAAAAUACUCURUACUUUGUAAUAAAAGGACCAACACCCAUUGAAAUACGAACAUCACCAGUUGUCCAGAUCACUAUUUCUACUGGCGCCGAAGUUACAAUUGAUGAAUUCUUCAAGAAAAACCUGGUUGAAAACUUAGCCAGAUUGUUGGGAUGCGAUCCUAAACUUAUUCAUUUCAUGAACGUCGUGAGUGCGUCACGUCGCCGACGAGCGGCAUCUGGACAGGAUAUAAACCUACAGAUAAUGAAUGAACCAGCACAAACUAUAGAUGAUGGACAACAGACAAACACUACUAAGACUAACCAAACAGUGGCCCAGAACUCUACAGGAUCUUACAGCGAUUCAUUUAGCCAGCUACAAAACUAUACAGACGGAGUGGUCAAAGCGGUCCAAUCUGGUUCACUGUCAGAAAGUAUGGGUGGAAUGCAAGUUUCUGGACUGAAAGUAAAAGAGCCUGUACCAGAACCAACAGACCCAACGGGGGGUGUUCGUGCUAAAAAUGGAACGGGUGGCAAUGCCAACGGCUCAUUAACAUACGAYCAACGCAUGGCACARCAAGCAGCCAACGAAACCCAGAACUCGGUAUCGGAAUAUCAAGUCCCGUGUAAGCUUGUAGUUGACCUGGAACCUUCAGGAGCCAACGAAACUGUCCCRUUUAAAACACAGCCGAGGAUCAAAGUAUUGGAUUGCUCCGACCGCUUGGUGACUAAACUGGGGACAUCACGAUAUAACUGGACGGCUACAGUUAGUAUUAAAAAAGGAACYGGAGACCCUKAUGCUACAAUCAACGGAACACUUAGUGUUGAUUUUSUGRRUGGUUUCGCUAAYUUCACAGAUUUAAGUAUUUCUCACAGUGGGGUUGGCUAUGUGCUGAGUUUCAUCAUCACAGAGCCAACAACGGCCAAGUUCAACGCAAGUUCGGCUUCCUUUGAAGUCAAAGAAAGAGAGCUGGUCUUUUCGGUGGUCUCACAGCCUGCCGAYGCUAAUGAAACGAUGCCAUUCGGCUCGCAACCCAGCGUUGAAGUACGAGACCUAGCUGAUGGCCAGAUUGUUCGUAACACCGGCUGGAAAGGACGUAAAUGGCUUCUUCAAGCAAAGCUUGCURAUAAUCGAUGUUUACUUAAUGGGACUCARACRGUYGAGUUUUCCAGUGGUGUUGCCAAAUUCUCCAAUCUCAGCAUCGGUUGUUCUGGAACUGGUUUCAAGUUGAACUUGACYGCCAUGACUUUACCGGAGUCAAAGUAUAAGUUCUUCGACCAGUCGGAUUCUUUUGAAGUCAAGGAACUUGCCGUGCGAGUGGUGUUAGCUCARCARCCUGGUAAUUGCAACGAUACCGUGAUAUGCGGCAAUCAGCCUAUAAUUGAAAUACGAGCCCUUUACCCAGACGUCGUUGUCGAUAARAUUGGAUGGAAAAAUCGAAAGUGGUUCAUUGAUGUAACGCAUACCCAAGGUAGCGCAGGCUCAGCUAUGAAUGGCACAACUCGGCUUCAGRUUCCCACAUUCGGGAGAGUUGAAUGGAAGGACAUAUCUUUCUACGAMAUUUCUUCGGGUCACAGCUUGACAUUUACAGUGAUAACGGAGCCUGCCUCUUCCUACACGAACAUGUCCGUUACAUCAGUUAGUUUCGAUGUCCUCGCUCGCCAGUUCUGCCUUGAGGUUAUCACAGAGCCAAAGGACUGCAACCAAUCAGUGAUCUGCGGCGUUCAGCCUGUUGUCGCGGUAUACGACUGUGGCACAGGGAAACUGGGCCUACCUCUUAAACAGCCCUGGCAUAUCAGUGUAGAAUUAAAGCCGUCGGCCUUACAAGGAGUGCUGAAUGGAACCACUUUCAACGUUAGCGUUGUGAAAGGCAUCGCACAGUUCACCAAUUUAUCGAUUUCUUUAUUUGGAGAAAAUUACAUCAUGGCAUUCAGGUCUAACUUUGGGCACACGGGAUAUUCCGCACCAUUUGACGUCAAAUACAUCAAUGACUACUCACCGCUGUUUAAYCCCACCAGUGGCAUCUACUCUGCCAGCAUUUCAGAAAACGCUACAGUUAACACAAUAGUUGCCACGGUGUCGGCAGUUGACUUUGAUUCAGGCCCACAAGGAGACGUGUAUUACUCAAUCACAGAAGGAAACACUGGUGAUGCGUUCAAGAUUCAUUCGACCAAUGGUAACGUCAGAAUAAAGACAGCUUUGGAUCGAGAGGCUGUUGCCACAUACGAGCUUAUUGUAAAGGCGCAAGAUGGUGCAGUGGCUGGAAAAGAGAGGUUAACUCUAGGAAAGGUCAYAAUCAAUGUAACAGACAUUAAUGACAACGCKCCUUCCUUYGGCAACAUGCCAAGYCCUCUCCCUGUGARCGAGGAUGURACCGUUGGCGGUGUUCUYAAUCGAAUCGUCGCGACAGAUCCUGACGCUGGUCUCAAUGCUAAAYUACGUUUCAAGAUACUUAGUGGUAAUGAAAAUGGAUACUUUUUGAUUGACGAAAACACGGGAGAUCUGAAGGCAAACAAAUCGCUCAACCUGGARGCAACACCUCUACCAAAGAUGAACCAUACACUGAGYAUUGAGGUAUCUGACCAGGGAAGUCCACCAAAGACSAAUACAGCAAACAUYGAUAUCACAAUUGCACCGRUCAACGAGUUUACACCAAUAUUAGCGCAUCCAAGCUCGUUUAACUUUAGUUUUGGCGAAAAUGUAAGUCCUGGUGGUGGGGUGUUCGUGUAUGAUGUUAACGCCACUGAUGAUGACUAUGGAGAGAAUGGUCAWGUGACUUAYCACAUCCAAUCAGGAAACGAAGGUGGAAAAUUCACAUUAGACUCCACAACAGGUUGUUUAAAACUAACUAGCACGUUAGAUUACGAGGAAGCAUCCAGUUACACCCUUAACAUCCAAGCACGUGACUCCGACAGCAAGGGUAACGUCAAGUUUGCAACGUUCAUCGUUUACGUUAACGUCGAGGACACCAACGAUAAUACACCAACGUUUACGCAGUCGAACUACACGUUUGACGUGUCAGAAGACAAUGCACCGAGCUCCACAGUAGCUACUAUUCGCGCAGUCGAUCCUGACGGAGGUAAAAAUGGACAAGUGUCGUAUUCUAUGGUUGAUGGUAAUGCUACUGGAAUAUUCUACGUGAACUCAUCAACAGGAGCUUUGGUGUUGAAUGUCUCGCAAGAUCUAGAUUCGCCGUGUAUCCCWGAGAAGUCUUAUGUAAUUGUGGUCAAGGCUGAAGAUCAUGGCGAACCAUUUACACUCAAGUCCAACACAACUGUCACGCUGAACAUCAAGUACAAGAACGAAUACCCACCAGUCUUUGCGAGCUCAUCCAUUACCAAGGUCAUCCCAGARGACGUUGCUAUGGGAACAUUUAUCUACCAAGCAACAGCAACAGAUGACGAUUGUGGCUCGGACGGUGAAAUUAGGUAUUCUAUUUCGUCAGGGAAUACAGAGACUGCAUUUGCCAUCAACGCCUCAUCUGGGAAUCUUAGUACUGCUGGGGGACUAGACCGUGAGACCACGUCGUCGUAUCUUUUGUCUAUUACAGCAGAAGACCAGUCCUCUAGUAGCAAGACUGCAGUAAUGACGGUACAGAUAAGCAUCAGUGAUGUGAACGAYAAUAAACCAUCGUUCARUAAACCACGCUUCASUGUAACAGUCAAUGAGGACGCUACCACAGGGUUCGAAGUAACAGACRUAACAGCUACAGAUCUGGACUCUGGUGCUAACGGACAGGUCACUUAUUCUAUACUCAGUGGAAACGACCUGGGRUUYUUCGUAAUAGAAGGGUCUAAAGUCAAAGUUGCUAAGAAYCUUGAUUUAGAAACACAAAGCCACAACUCCAACACGAGCUAUAGUCUAACGGUGUAUGCAACCGACAAAGGAACCCCGCCAUUAAACAACUCCGUUAGUGUUGAUAUUACUGUGUUGGGUGUCAAUGAGUAUUCACCUGUUGUAGUGAGCACUGCUGCUGUCGAAGCCUUAGAUCUUGCCUCUAGUUUCGUCUAUGAUGUCAAUGCUACUGAUGCUGACUAUGGGGCUGAUGGAGAAGUAAGAUACUCGAUUAAGACUGGGAACGAUAAAGAUGAAUUCUCCAUUGACAGUAUCACUGGCGUUAUCACCGUCAAGAAACAGCUCGACGCCAAGUCCAAGCCAAUGCAUACCCUUGUGAUCGAAGUGACUGACCAAUCAUCCAACACAUCCAACAGAAGGUCCGCAACAUUGACAUUGACAGUCAACGUCAAAAACAGCAUACCAUCAUUAGCUACUGGGGGUACCUGGACGAUGCCACUGACAGUUAACCCAGGAUCCAUCGGAAUACUUGCUGUAGACAUGUUCGUGGAGUUCGAUACAUCCUUCGUCGAAGUCGUAUCGGUAGAAACUGCGCAUGCCUAUGACGUCACUGAKAAUUCCAUACAUAUUUUCUCGGCUGUAGAUGCAGCUGAUGCAAUGAAAGCUAAGGUUGCCGAAGUAACUUUUAAAUGGUUGAAAACAGGAACACCGACAAUCACUGUAAAAUCUUCCCGAACCGUGGACAAGAAUCUCGUGGCCUCUCCUUCCCUAUCAAGAGGAUCCUGCCCAAAUUCGGCUGUCAACGGUGACGUGAAUUACGACUGCAAUUUCAACAUUAUGGACGUUGCUUUCAUCGUGGCCUACAAAUUGUCUGAGCAAAAUGGGUUUUCAGGGAGCCUGGGGACAACAAUGAAAGCAAUCACUUCGGCACAAAAAUCUAAAAUGGAUGUUGACUUCAGUAAUGAUGUCGACCAGGAUGACGGUACGAUGCUUGCCUGGUGUUUCCUGGAAAGRGCGAACUUCGUGACUGAGUUAACUAYACUCAUUCCCGACCAUAGCCGCGACGGAUCAUCUUCCUGCGAAAUGCAAGUCCAAAUCAAGYUGAAGACCAAGUCAGGCCAGGCAGUUGAUGGUACCAAGACCCAAGUCUACCUAGACAUUGCUGGCCCCAACUCUGCCGUGCAUACUCAAUUAAAAGAGACAACAGUUUCUAAAGGCAGUAAAUCGKUCAUGAAAAAUAACAGGACRUUCUUCGGUGGCAUACUCAAAGCAUCUCACGAUUCACAGGUACAAGCAUUCGUAGUUUCCAGCACUGAAUCUAAGCUUUUUGGUACAAACAUCGGUCUGUCAAUCAUCCAAGUCGUUACAAACAGCGCAGGUCAAAAAGUCAUAACWCCAAUGUUUCGAACUCAAUCUCCAUCCUACGCAUCGGGUCUCGACAUCAACAUUGACUCYAAUCUGCGCCUGCAACACAAAGACGGUUAUUCUCCYCAACGCACGAUCGAAUUUAAAGAAACAACUGAACGCUGCAAAGACCCAUACGAGACACACGAGGUCGAGAUAACGUUUAACGGAGACUUCGGUAAAAUUACCGCAGGUGGUCAAGAGGCUUUGAUGAAAGAAAUCGAAAAWGAAGUCAAUGCACUAAACGUCAAUGCAAACUUUAAAUGCACUAAAAUCAGACAGGGUAGUGUAAUUGCGACACUGAAUAUGACUGUGAUAAAAUCCCAGAAGGAAGACGUYACGAAAUCGUUAUAUUCACAUGUUGUUAAAGGGAUCAGUGUGAAAUUCAACGGAAAUACAAUCGUCACAGUGCCACACAUGACUCUAAAUGGCAAGGAAUACAUUUCUGAGAAAAAGAUUGAGGAGGACGGUUUGUCUACAACUAACAUUAUUGUUAUAGUCAUCAUAAUCGUAUUAUUGCUGGUGUUAAUUAUUGCAGUCGUACUCUAUAUUCGAUAUCGUAAGACUAAAAGRAUCAAGCAGAGUCCUUCCACUACACCCGACCAAUGUUGGCGAGAGGAUGAUCUGGACAAAGACAUGAAAACGUGCAUGUACGAGAUUAACUCUGGUUUCGGAAAGGUUGACGAGACCGACUCUGUGGAAUCAUUACAUGCAGCUAUUGAGACGGGUUCUCCACCACCUGCAUAUCCUGCAACGCCUAAAGUUUUUAGAGCCUUCACAGAGAAUCCUGUCAUAGUCCAUACUCCCUCUCCCUCAUCAAUCAAAAACUCCCAAGAGGCAUUAGAAGCUGAUAUCGAGAGUCAAACAUCACAGCGUGAUUCACCRCGAAGCGCAACACCGGAGCCCCUUGAGCCUGCAGUCGUUUUGGAUGAAGAAGAAGAAGAACCCCAAAAGACGAACGAGGAAUUAUUGAUAGCCUCCGCUUUCGACCUUCUAAAAACUCCUCCAACCAGUCCUCCAAGCGGUGAAGGUCGCCCAAGUAGUGGAGCAAGACGACCAUCCCCUACACCCUCUCUACCACACGCCAUAGAUGAAGAAGAAUCCAGCUCUCCCGCACUUGACGAGGCGGUUUCGACCGACUCCGUUGAAAACGUUAGACCUGUGCUCUACAAAAACCUGCAAUUAAGUCUCCUGCGCCCAAAUGUAGAGAUGGGCACAAUUGCCCACUUUAUAGGAAGUGUGAGARCCAAUAUGUACGGUACACUCGAAGAACUACGAAAGGACAUAAACGAGGUUCUUCCUCGAKCCCUUGCCAGUAAGAGGUACCUGUUUGUGAGUAAAAGACUCCAACUUAUCCAGCCUUGGAGUGAAUCGCAUACCGUCGUUAUGAACACUUUUUCAAAAGUCGUCAGGGUAAAGCCCUUGUAUGGAACAGAACGGUGUGAGGAGUUUUGUACCUGUGGAGCCAUAGCCAAAUUGUGGUGCGACAAUUGCCAGACGCAGGGAUACUGCACUGAUGAAUGCCGAGAAGCUGACGUCAUUAACCACGUGAGCAGCUGCAAAAAGAGCAAAUCGAAACAGAAGUUGACAAUUUCAGUCGACCGUCUGACCACUGGCAAAAUCUAAUCGUUAACCCAUCACAAAAAAACUCACAAUUUGMUAUCAAUUAUUUGGGUAAUAGUCACUAUUAGACUUACUAUUAUUUAUUGUGUGGAUGCACUAGCUUCUCCAGGCAUUGAAAAUGCCACGUUUUAAGGUUUUCAAUAGUUAUUUAUUUAUAUAUCAUUUUUUAGCUUGUAUAUUUUUCAGUACUUCUUUUACAAAGCGUUAUACACCACAUGGACAAUUUUAAACUGAUAUUUUUUAUCAAUUUGAACAAAAAUUUUGACAAAUUGAGUGUAUCAUUUUCAGAUACAGUAAACCAAUUUUGAGCAUAAACGCGUGAUGUUUUUAUUAAAAUAACUCGAAUACUUUUAUAGCUUUUGGGUAUUUUAAAAUGAACUAUAGUAUUAGCAACAUCGUGAGAUAACGAUCUUAAUUAAGUUAUGCAAAGAUAUUUCAAUAUUCUUGCCAUCCAAUACGUGUGCCAAUGUUGAAUCUCUAUAUCAUGUAUUAUUUGUUUCAACAAUCACGUGAUUACAACUAACCCGUGAAACAGAAACUUGAUCCAAUCAAUAGGCAACGUGCAGGGACACCAUUUUGUAUUACAAAGCAUGAUGGGAGCUGUAGUCCUUGCAGCUUUUAUGCCCUCUCCCUAAAAUCCGUAAUUUUUAUGUUUUCUUUGUUGAAACGACACAACUUCUUCUUUUUUGUAAAGAAAAAGCAAAUAAGACUUAAAAGGACAAAAACAAGGUCUAAAAUUCCUAUCAUGCCUUAUUGCACAUUUCCUAUUUAAGUCGGUGUUUGAUAUUUCGCAAGAAUCAGAACGACAUGCUCAAAAGUCAUCGCAAUUUUAUUUCAAUACUCUGGCAAUAGUUUUAGCUCUAAGGUUAUGGUUAGUUGUAUUCACAUCAGGUUAUGAAUGUUUACAGAAUAACAAGAUUGUUAUUAAAAUAUAUGCACACCAUUCGUUUCGUUGUAUGAUUGCUUAUCUGUAUGUUGGUAAAAUAAAUGAAUUGAUCUGAAUUAGAACACA